AUGUCGGCAGACAAGUCCUACACGAAUAACCACUCUCAUGCUUUCAUUCCACAACAAGAACCCACUCUAUCUACCGCAUUAAUGUUGGCAGAUUUGGAUGAUUUUCUGCCCAUUACACGACAAGAAUGUAUUAAACCUUUCCUUCUGAAUAACAACACUCAUACCAACAACAACAACAACAACACGAAAAAGUUGGGAAUAUCGGAGCUGCAACCUAAUCCAAUUUCAGAUUCCCGAACCACGUCUUCCAUGAACAACAAUGAAGGAGGAGUUGCUUUGGUAGGAGUUGUUGGUACAUCAUCAUCCAAAUCAACCAACAACAACGCCCGAAGGACCAACCGAUUGAAAUUUCAACAAGCCAACAACAACAACACCCUAUCGGAAACAUCAGAACCAAAGAAAAUAGCUAAAAUCGAACUUGCCGAUUGUUUGGCAUGUUCAGGAUGUGUUACUACAGCCGAAAGUGUCCUCGUGAAUCAGCAAAGUGUCGAACAAUUUUUGAAUACGUUACGGGAAAUGAAUUUAUUUUCUCCCUAUUUUUUACAUCAUGAAAGCAAUAAUGGAGGAGCUGUGAACAACCCAUCAUCAAGUCAUUUGAAAAUCCACAGCAAUGGCACUGAUAUUGGAUUUGCGGAAAUGGAUUCCACAACAGAGCUCAAAGAUGCUUUAUUGGAUGACAUUCUCUCAUCGUCGUCAUCCUUCUUGAAGCAACGAAACAAAACCAACAACACUGCCAAAAAACAAACGAUGUUUUUUGUGACCAUUUCACAACAAAGUGCAGCUUCAUUGGCAUCCUAUUACCAAUGUGAAUCAGUGCGAGAUUGUCUCAAUAGACUUUCAUACCUUUUCAAAACUAAGCUUGGUGCUAUUGCUGUUUUUGAGAGCGCUUCUUUGGCAAGAAUGGCCUCUCAUUUGGAAAUUUGUGAAGAUUUUGUGAGGCGUUACAGAGAGGGAAAUUCCAAGAUACCACUAUUUGCGAGUUCAUGUCCUGGUUGGAUUUGUUAUGCAGAGAAGACUCAUCCUGAAAUUUUGCCAUACAUUUCAACUGUGAAAUCUCCUCAACAAAUUAUGGGAACAUUUGUCAAGAAGUUUAUUAAGCACCACAUUUCUGCAAAGUAUCAUAUUGAUGAUUUUAACAUUUAUCACACAACAGUCAUGCCAUGUUUUGAUAAGAAACUUGAGGCAAGUCGGCCAGAUUUUACCAAUGAUCCUUUCGACAAGGUCGACAUGGUAUUGACGAGUAGUGAAAUUACUGAGCUUUUAAAAAAACAAUUUCAAAUUGAUACUCCACAAGAUUUUCACUCCCUUACCCAUUUUGACUUGAAUGACCUUACAUUGGAUAAUGUGUUUGACGUUUUACAAAAUUCACAAAGUAAUAACAUGUUAAACGAGACUAAUUUUAUGGAGAAUACUAAUGACAUGUUAGAUCUAUCCCUACUCGAAUGGCUGAGCGAUGGAAGUGAUGCUACGGGUUCAGGAGGAUAUUGUGAAAUUGUAUUUAAAUAUGCGGCAAAAAAACUGUUCAAUAUUGACAUUAGAAACACGACACUCCAAUUCGAAAGUAAGAGAAAUAGUGACUAUCGAGAAGUGGUUCUCUAUGACCCAAACACGACAGAUCAAAAAGUUCUCUUAAAAUUUGUCAUUGCUAAUGGAUUUAGAAAUAUUCAAAAUUUGGUGAGAAGAAUGAAACAAAGUACAGAGUUAUCGGAUGCAUUCCACUUUGUAGAAGUUAUGGCAUGUCCAAUUGGUUGUCUCAAUGGAGGUGGACAGGUCAAAGCAAAAACACCUCAAUUGUUGUCUGCACAAUCAUCUAUGAACGAUGAAACAGAAGCUCAACCCAAACAUCAAGAUUUGUCACUCACUACAACUCUCACACCCAAACAGCAUUUGUCUCAAACAGAGAGACUUUAUCGAGAGUAUUUAUCUCAUUUGAAGAAUUUGUCUCAAAACGACCCACAAUCUAAAAUGUAUUUAUCAUGGUUGUAUAACACCUGGAUUCAAGGAGCUGUUGGCUCACCUCAAGCUCAGAAAUAUCUCCAUACCACGUAUCAUGCAGUGGAAAAGAUGGGUAUGAUCUCAGCCAGUGCUUUGAAAUGGUAA